AUGGGUUGCGCUGCAUCGAAGCCAACAGUUACUUCUCUCAACCCUUCUCCAUCAAAGUCAGUAAAGUCAUCUUCGUCACCCACUGCUGCACACAUACUAUCAAAUUCUACCAUUACAAAACGAGAUCGUCACACAAAUGCACAAGACAUGGUGCAAAAUUUUUUGUUAAUUUGGCUCGAUGGAAAAAUCGAUGAAUUCAUCGACGAUUAUCGUAAUUCUAUCAAACAGUUACGACGGACUGUUAAUACCAUUGAGAUAUUCCGAGAUGUAGAUGAAUGCAUCGGAUACAUAUCACAACUUCAAAAUGAAAAGUCAUUUCUCAUUGUUUCUGGUGCUCUAUGUGAAAGUGUUGUGCCACGUAUUCAUGAUGUAGCUCAGGUGUAUUCAAUUUAUAUAUUUUGUCGAAAACAAUCAAAAUAUGAAGAAUGGGCGCUCAGUUGGUUCAAAGUGAAAGGUAUUUUCACAGAAAUUAAUUCGAUUUGUGACUCAGUUCGACAAUGUGCUAGACAGUGUGACGAAGAUUCGGUUGUGAUUAGUGGUCUUUCAUCAUUGAAUCAAAUCGAACCAUCGUUCAUGUACACGCAGCUCUUCAAAGAAAUUAUUCUUGAAAUCGAUUUCGAUGGCAGGAAAGAAAUCAACGAUUUAGUCGAGUAUGCUAGUGAAAAGUAUUCUGGUAACGUUGAAGACUUAGAAAUUAUCAAUGAGUUUGCCCGAAACUAUCGAGGCAAUGUCAACGAUGAUAACAAGCCCAUAUGGUGGUAUAGCCGCGAAUGUUUCACGUAUCACAUGCUCAACAAAGCUCUGGGUAUUCUGCAUAUCGAAACCUUGUUGAAAAUGGGCAUUUUCAUUCGUGAUCUCCAUCAAAAUAUCGAGAAACUUCAUACCGCACAAUCAAAUAAAAUGUCUAGUCAAACAGCAACAAUCAUAGUCUACCGAGGUAAAACCAUGAUCAAGAAAGAUUUUGAAAGCAAAAUCAAGCAAGAUGGACUCAUAUCGUUCAAUAACUUCCUAUCAACAAGUGACGAUCGAAAUAUUGCCAUUCGUUUUAUUCGAGAAGGGCUUAAAUUUAGCAACAACAACAACAAAAUCGGUGUUCUCUUCACAAUGACAAUUGAUCGAUCGAUUUCAUCUGCUCCGUUUGCUCGCAUCGACCAAAUUAGUUAUUUUCAGACAGAAAACGAAAUUCUCUUCUCAAUGAACACAGUUUUUCGCGUUCAACAAAUUAAAGAAAUUAAAGAUGGUGAAUUGAUGUUGUGGCAAGUGAAACUCACGCUCACUACUGACAGUGAUGACCAGCAGCUCAAUACUCUUACAAAACGAAUGCGAGAGGAGAUAACAGGAACAGGUUGGCAACGUAUGGGCUCUCUAUUGUGGAAACUCCGCGAGGAUGAUAAGGCGGAACAAGUGUACAGGAUGUUGCUCCAUCAAGCAUCCAAUGAGAGCGAUAGAGCAUACGGCUGUAACCAGCUUGGACUAAUCAAGUAUGAGCAAGGAGACUACAAUCUGGCGGUUGAAUUUCACGAAAAAGCACUCGGUAUCUGGCAAAAAACUCUCCCUCCGAACCAUCCAGAUUUGGCUAAUUCCUAUAAUAACCUCGGUUUGGUGAAUGAUAACAUGGGCCAGUAUUCGAAAGCACUAUCAUUUUACGAACGAACACUUGAAAUUAGACAAAACAUUCUUCCUGAAAAUCAUCCAGAUCUCGCGCAGUCCUACAACAACAUUGGUUUGGUAUAUGGAAACAUGGGUGAGUAUUCUAAGGCAAUUUUAUCGUACGGCAAAGCACUCGAUAUUUGGCAGAAAAGUCUCCCUCCGAAUCAUCCCUUGUUAGCUGUUUGCUGCAACAACAUUGGUUUGGCAUAUGAUAACGUCGGUCAGUAUUCCGAUGCUCUGUCAUUUUAUGAACGAGCGAUUCAAAUACGACUAAAAGUUUUACCUCAAAAUCAUCCAGAUUGUGCUCAAUCCUACAACAACAUUGGUUUAGUGUACGGUAACAUGGGCGAGUAUUCGACAGCACUUUCAUUUUACGAAAAAGCACUCGAUAUUUGGCAACAAACUCUCCCUCCGAACCAUCCCUUGGUAGCAGUUUGCUGUAACAACAUCGGUUUGGCGUACGGUAGCAUGAACGAAUACUCUAAGGCAUUGUCCUUUCACGAACGAGCACUUCAAAUACGACAAAACACUCUUGGUAAAAAUCAUCCAGAUUGUGCUCAAUCCUACAACAAUAUCGGCUUGGUGUAUGAUAACAUGGGUGAGUAUUCGAAAGCACUUUCAUUUUAUGACAAAGCAUUCGAUAUCUGGCAAAAAGCUCUUCCUCCAACACAUCGGUAUAUCGCACUGUCAAAACGAAAUAUUGAACUUGUGAAAGAGAAAAUGUAG